AUGUGAGCAUAAAAAAGGUAAACAAAACAUUAUGCUACAAUGACGGCUGAUAAGACGACCAAACUGGGCAGAUGUAUGAAAAGUAGUGAUAAAAUUGAUUAAUUAUUUCUAAUUACAAUAUUGCUUCUACAAAACCAAGCGGGCGCUACUACAGAAGGCUAUUUUCACUCAGAAUCAAUCAAUUCGAGAAACAUGACGAUAUUUUGCCGCGUAUGUCGGAUGCAAAUAUUCACCCAACCAAUUCUGCUGAGUAGUAAUUCUGAAAGGCACUCGAGGCGAAUCAACGAAAUGAUUUAUGAAUGUACACAAAUAUUACUUACCAAAGAUCCUCGACUACCACAGUAUCUAUGCGAAUCUUGUUUGAUACGAUUGGAUGAAGCAUUCGCAUUUCUCAAACUAUGCCGGGAAUCAGAAAGAAUGUUCACUGAAACUAUUCCAAUGGCCAUUAAACUGGAUAGCAAGUUUGAGUUCGGCAUCAAUAUGCUGCAAAGCCACUCGGCUAAUUCUCUCGAGUCUACUAAAUCCUUCCAAACCAGCUCAUCGGCCAUAAAGUUAGAACUGGAAAGAGAAGAUCCCAAACCUUUGGAAUAUGCUUCGACGAGUUCCUUCUCUGAGUUUACCGCCUUUGCCGCCGCUGCAGGCCACAGUGGCACAAACGCCUCACCAGACAGCAAAGACUGGUUGUCGGAGGCACGUAGGCACCGGGAACGCCAGCGAGUAUCAACGGCAAAAAGACGUGCAAACAUGACACCAGAUCAGCGAAAAAAGGAACGUGAGAGGGCUCGCAUUAAGCAGGCUCAGAGGAGAGCCUUGCGUACUGAGGAGCAAAUACAAGCCCAACGGGAACGGGAUAGAGUUCGACAGGCGAUGAAACGGGCACGAUACCGACAGGUAGAAAUGACACAACAAGAGCAGUCUCAACUUCAGCACCAACCCCCGCAACUGGAUUUACAAGGACAAACCACAAACCAGCCACAUGAACUUAGUACUUUUCCUCUCGAAGAAAGAAUAAAUCAACUGACCGGUUAAUUGUAACGAA